AUGCUUUGCCUGCCCGAGCAUGGAGGUAUGGUAAUCAGUGUGCGGGACUGGCUAGGCGGUGAAGAACGUAUGGGUUGUUCUUUGACUCAUGAAAUGGAUCCAAAUGAACGCGAGGAUUCUAAGAAGGAGGAAAGACAGUCAGAGAAGACUAAAGAUAACAGCGGGUUUGGCAGCAGUUUGUUGGGUGGGGCUUCAUCGCCAGCUCCUGUCUCGAAGGAGCAAACAAAGAAUGAGCUCCAAGAAGUCCUUCUCGACAAAGAGGCUUUGAAAAGCAACGAAAUUGUCGUCUUGGCCAUGGGUGAAGAGGCUAGAAAGUACGCCGGGUCUAUGCCACAUGCUGUGCGCGUUGGCUCGUUCGGUUAUCCUAUCCCUGAUGCUACACUGGCUGUUGUCGAUCCUGAGACAAAUUUGCUGUGCACACCGAAUGUGAUCGGAGAGAUUUGGGUGGACUCACCAUCCCUUUCUGGAGGCUUCUGGGCGCUGCCAAAGCAUACAGAAGCAAUCUUUCAUGCACGGCCCUACAAGUUCGAAGAGGGAAAUCCAACUCCCGUAUUGGUGGAACCGGAGUUCUUGCGGACUGGUCUACUGGGAUGUGUGAUCGAAGGCAAGAUAUUUGUGUUGGGCCUCUAUGAAGACCGUCUUCGUCAAAAGGUUGAAUGGGUGGAACACGGGCAGGAAAUCGUUGAACAUCGUUAUUUCUUCGUUCAACAUAUGAUCGUCAGUCUUCUGAAAACCGUACCUAAGAUACAUGACUGUACGGCCUUUGAUGUUUUUGUCAACGAAGAACACCUACCGAUCGUGGUUCUAGAAUCAUACGCGGCAUCCACGGCACCAGCAACCUCCGGUGGGCCUCCAAGGCAGUUGGACUCGGUUCUCCUUGAAUCUUUAGCAGAAAGGUGCAUGGAAGUCCUCUAUCAAAAACAUCACUUGCGCGUCUACUGUGUGCUGCUCACCGCGCCCAACACUCUACCUCGUGUCACUAAGAAUGGCAGGCAAGAGAUCGGUAACAUGCUCUGCCGUAGAGAUUUUGAUUCUGGAACUUUACCCUGUGUUCACGUGAAGUUCGGUGUUGAGCGGUCGGUGAUGAACUUACCAGUUGGAGUUGACCCAGUCGGAGGAAUCUGGUCUCCCCUAGCCCUGAUGUCAAGACAAGAAAUGCUUGCCAUGCAAGAAAAGCAAUAUUCUGGGGUAGACUACCGUGAAGUCGUCAUGGAUGAUCGCACAUCGACGCCAUUGAGCAAUUUUUCAACCAUCGUGGAUCUUCUCCAUUGGCGUGUUUCUCGUCAGGCAGAGGAGCUAGCUUAUUGCUCCAUCGAUGGCCGUGGAAAGGAAGGGAAGGGCAUCACUUGGAAAAAGUUCGACUUGAAAGUUGCUGCUGUCGCAACCUAUCUGAGAAAUAAAGUCAAAGUUCGCCCAGGCGAUCACUUGGUGCUUAUGUAUACCCACUCAGAAGAAUACGUUUAUGCAGUUCAUGCUUGCUUCUGUCUAGGGGUGGUUGCCAUUCCUCUUCCCCCUAUUGACCAAAAUCGGCUCUCAGAAGAUGCUCCGGCUUUCCUACAUGUUAUCAAUGAUUUCAAUGUGAAAGCCAUCAUUGUAAACAGUGAUGUUGAUCAUGUGAUGAGACAAAAGCUUGUUUCGCAGCAUAUCAAGCAGUCUGCACAGUCUCACGGCUGUCGGGAGCUCGGUUAUGUUGUGAAAGAUGCAUGGUUACAGGGAAGUACACCGGCCAUGGUUUGGACUUAUUGGACGCCAGAUCAGAGGAGGAUAUCGGUCCACAUUGGCCACGACACUAUCAUGGGUAGUGUUCGUAGCACCCUAAGUCUUGGCUUCCUCCAUACCUGUUUGAUGGGUAUAUAUGUUGGGGCACCGACAUACCUCGUAUCACCUGUCGACUUCGCAACAAACCCUAUGACGCUUUUCGUCACUCUCGCACGCUAUAAGAUCAAAGAUACGUAUGCUACCAGCCAGAUGUUGGAUUACGCGAUGACUGCAAUGGCUGGGAAGGGGUUCCAACUUCAGGAAUUGAAGAACUUGAUGAUAUCUGCUGAAGGCCGACCACGUAUCGAUAUAUACCAGAAGGUGCGUCUGCAUUUUGCUUCUGCAAGUCUCGACCGUACCGCAAUCAACAUUGUGUAUUCUCAUGUCCUCAACCCGAUGGUUGUUACGAGAUCAUAUAUGUGCAUCGAACCGAUUGAAUUAUGGCUUGACCUUCGGGCUCUGCGUCGUGGACUAGUGUGUCCCGUAGAUCCUGAUACAGACCCGACUGCUCUUGCUGUUCAAGACUCUGGAAUGGUGCCGGUGAAUACACAAAUAGCUAUUGUGAACCCGGAGACCUGUACUUUGUCACAUGUGGGUGAAUACGGCGAGAUCUGGAUACAGUCGGAUGCUUGCGCCAAGGCAUUCUACGGUUCUAAACAAGAUUUCGACCACGAGCGUUUUAACGGGCGGAUUGUAGACGGUGACCCUAGUGUGGCCUACGUACGUACUGGCGAUCUAGGCUUCCUUCACACUGUCACGAGACCUAUUGGCCCUGGAGGACAGCCCGUCGAAAUGCAAGUACUAUUUGUCCUUGGAGGGAUCGGUGAGACCUUUGAGGUCAAUGGUCUCAAUCAUUUCCCAAUGGAUAUUGAAAACUCCGUUGAGAGAUGUCACCGCAACAUUGUUACUGGAGGCUGCGCUGUCUUCCAGGCAGGUGGAUUGAUAGUUGUUGUUGUUGAAGUUACAAGGAAGGCUUACUUGGCAUCUCUCGUGCCUGUGAUUGUUAACGCUAUUCUGAACGAGCACCAAGUUGUUGCCGAUAUCGUGGCAUUUGUUUCUCAUGGAGACUUCCCUCGGUCCCGACUAGGCGAAAAACAAAGAGGCAAGGUCUUAGCGUCUUGGGUCACACGGAAACUAAGAUCGAUCGCCCAAUUCAGUAUCCGCGAUAUGGAGGGGCCAGAAAAUCCUUUCUCGGAAGCCCCUCAGCAUCGCGUCAGCCGAAGCUCAAAACCCGGGAGCAUGAUGGGCAACAGCACUCGACGAUCUACCGUGAUUCCAGAUAGUGACUCGGCUGUACCCCGCUCACCAGCUCCAGUGCUUAUGGAGCAGCCCGAAGCACAUGGUUCCUACCAUGCUACGCAAGAAAGAGAGGGACCGGCGACUGAUAGCCCAAUCGCCAUUCCCGAAACAAUCCCCUCAGUUCCACACAUUGCGGAACCGACACGACCGACAACAUCUUCAACUGCUGGGGGUCUUCCGGCAAAAACUGAAGGCCCUGCAACAAUUGGAAACCCUGACUUUGGAUUCGACUUCGGUGAUUUUGCUAACUCAACGGCCACAACACCAGUAGAAGCAAGUCCUCCCGCAAUGGAAAAUUUGCCUUACCGUAAUCCCCCCAGGGGCGACUCUCUUGCCCAUAAACAACAGUAUGCUGGUGUUCCUGGUGGUUUCUCAACUAGCCAGUCUGGUUUCUACGAUAGGCAGCCUGGCGCGCCGGACGUCGGUGCUGGCGACUGGCCACAAGAAGCUCUUAUGUACCAGUCAACGCUGGGAGUUGAUGAUACAUAUGGUCAGGGUGGGGUUCAUAGCACACCCAGCAGUAACAAUGACAUGACAAGGCGAUAUGACGGAAAUAACUAUGGGAUCUGA